CCCUCCCUUCGCUACCCACCCUCCCAUGGCGGAGCGGGCGCCGCCCAGCACACCGCCUCAGCCGGCCGCCGAUGCUCCCCCUGACCCUGCCACCGCCGCGGACCCCCCCGCCGAUCCCAAUCCCCAUCCAGAAUCCUAUCCCCAGCUCGGCACCUACGUCGUCCAAGUCCCCAAGGACCAAGUCUACCGCGUGCCGCCGCCCGAGAACGCCUACCUGGCCGAGCGGUACCGCAACAAGGACAAAACCCGGCGAAAAAGCCCCUGCGUUGGCUUGCUGAAAUGGAUCCUCGGCGCCGCCCUCCUCAUCUUUUUCCUCCUCAUAGUGAUCGUGGUCGUCUUCUUCGUCACUGUGAAACCUGCGACGCCCACGUUCGCCGUCGAACGCCUCUCCGUCAAGAGCUCCGGCACAUCCCACCGGAAGCCGGAGUAUGAUCUCACGAUGAGAGUCCACAACCCGAGCCAGAAGAUGGGCUACGCCUACGAGGCCGGAGGGACGGCGGUCAUGGCCCACAGCAACGUCGACAUCGCAGCGGGGAAGACGCCGGGGCUCCACCAAGGCUACCAGAACACCACCACCUUCCGACUGGUUCUUCAUGGCUCCAACACCGACGGGCUACCGAAGACGAUCGAUCGGAGUCUGAAUGGAUCGAAGGACGUUGUCCCGCUCGAGGUCACAGCUAGGUUCGUGGUGACGCCAAGAGCCAUGGGGCUGGAUCUGUGGUCGACGAGCUUGGACAUGGCGUGUGCUGUUCGAGCAAGUGGACUGGGCAAAGAAGCUCGUAUCGUAUCUCAAGAAUGUAAGUCCAACCUUAAGCUGUGACCGAGGUGAUGAUGGAAGGAUGAACUGAAAAGAAAUAAGCUAUCCUCGAGCUUUUUGUUCUUGAAAGUGUUCCUUUUUUUUUUUUUUUUUACUGGAGGACUCGACCGAUUUAGAGGUCGUUUGUAAUAUUGGUGUGUUAAGGGUUGUAAGAUAGACAUAAUUGAUUUGUUUUGGUGAUUCAUGCAGGGAUGGAUGGAUCUCUGCAGUCAAGAAA